GUUCCUUGCUGCUCUCGGCCACGCAUCUGUCCAGUCCCCUGCCUAGCCCUGCUUCCUGAGUCCUGACUUAAUCACCAGCCUCGUGUUUCUAACUGUCCACCCUCCAGUUUCUAGCACCAGAUACCACCUAGAAAGGACCGAGGGGCCGGCCUGAGCUCCCGCAAUGUGCCAGGUGGAGUUUGAGCUGGCCUGUGCUGCUAUCAAGCAGUUGAAGGGACCUGUGAGCGAUCAGGAGAAACUGUUGGUGUACAGCUUCUACAAACAGGCUACCCAGGGCGACUGCAACAUCCCGGCCCCGCCCGCCACAGACGUGAAAGCCAAGGCCAAGUGGGACGCGUGGAACGACAAGAAAGGGAUAUCCAAGAUGGACGCCAUGAGGAUCUAUGUUGCCAAAGUGGAAGAACUGAAGAAAAAUGAUACUGGUUAAGGAAGGUAGCGUGUCAAUCAGAAUGAGGUAGCGCGGGGAGAAGGGCUUUUUAAAAGACCUGAAUGGCGGAAGUGUCCUGAAACGUAACCACCAUAGCUGGGGCAUCAAUAAAUCACUUACACCGCAUACAGUGAUUGUCUGCUGUUGGCAAAGCGAGGAACUCUAAGUGACUGUGAGAGUCCCGGGCAGGUGUCCACAAUAUAUAAAAAGCAUCUCUCCUGUGGGGAAAGUCCAUCAAAACUGGCUUUCUCUCUGAUUCUGAGUAGUCUUUCUAUUCCCAGAGUGUUGGUAGCUAUU